CUCCGGUCGCUUCAGUCGUCCCGCGUCGACUGCAGCGCGCACACGGUCGGUAGCUGAUAGAUUCAAUUUCGCGCCGCGUGUGUUCGAAUUUUGAAUUUGUGUUUUUUUUUUAUUUUGUCUGUGUGCAGUGCAAGGAUUUAAUUCGAGCAAAGAGAUACCAACAUAAACCAGCUCAACAUAACAUUGUCUCGCAUGCACCCAGAAAGCUAGCGGCUGCUCAACACCAGGGUCUAGAACCCUUAACAUAAACAUGAGAGCGCUUACGCUCAGCGUAGCUUUAUUGGCCGCGCUUUCUACUUCUCUAGCACAAUCAGAUGAUACCAAAGAAACCGUAGAAAGCGCGAGCACAAGCAGUUCGGACGACGAGCCCAAAGAGGCGUGGAUGCGGGCGCCCGCGGGGACGGUAGCGGUGCGCAGCGGGGAGGACGCUCUGCUCACCUGCGUGGUGCUCGGGGCAAGGGGCAAGCCAGUACUGUGGCGGAGAGCAAGGGACUCUUCCCUGCUGACAGCGGGAGGGGUACGAGUGACGAGAGAUGAGAGGGUCAAGGUUCUGCAUGAUGAUGCAGACGAGCCUCUCCAAGGGCCAGGGAUCAGGAAAGGUGGUGACGUGUGGGCGCUCGUCAUCAAAUCGGUGAAGUCUUCAGACGCAGGGCUGUAUACCUGUGAGCUGAACACAGAACCACCUGUGAGGAGCUUCCAUAGACUUACAGUAAUAUCCCGUGGUCUAACACCACCAGAAGCCCAGAACGCAACAGACUCCUACUCAUCAAAUAACCCCACACUUUCCACACUCGCUCUAUCCCAUAACUAUACGGAUUGCUGCAUCAGCGCCAACGUGUCCAAGGGAUGUCUCGGCUUCUGCAGCAUACAGACCAUUCUAGAAGGCACUGGGCAGGAUCCGGAGACCUGUCAACCAGAUUUUCCAGCUAUUGUUAAAUGUAUGGCAGACGGUCGCAAUCACGUGCCAUGCUGUGUACAGGAACAUGUACCAGAUAUCUGCCAAGAUGUCUGCCGCGGGGAAUUCACCCCUGUGACUGAUAAUAUUAAGACUCAUUAUAGCUGCGCAGCGUAUAUGGAGAAGACGUUGGCGUGUAUUGUUGAAGGCAUUGAACUUCUUCCAAGUCCACCAGAAGACGUAGAAGUGGAACCUUUAAGCGAAAAACAACUGAACAUCACGUGGAGUCCGCCAUUAGAAAACACUGAAUCGGUCACAGAAUAUGUAGUCAAUAUAACCACCCUGCGCUCAUUUGAUGCCCACUUAAUAGAUCCCUCUGAGAGUUCAAUGCGUAACACAAGUAUGAAAAUGAGCCAGCCAAUGACGUACAAAGUACCUGCGAAUAAGAAUUUCUUGGUAUUAAAUGACUUGCUACCGUUUACGAUGUAUGAGAUUUCAGUCACUUCGUACAAUAUUCAUGGAUCGAGUCUACCGAGCUACAGUAUUAGAUCCUUAACCCUAACUCCUGGUAAGAUGAAGACCACAGCAGUGGCUUCAGCUCCAAAACUCCCAGAUGUCCGAAGCUGUUGCCUUUCCGCUGGUAUCAACCACUAUGGUUGUGUGGACAAACUCUGCGAUCCAACAAAGACAUUCGAGAUUGGCUUGCAGGUGACAGAUCUGAUGAUAUGCGCGCCGUGGGCGGGAGUCACCUUCGGGUGCUUGGCCAAUGGCAUGGACCAUACGCCCUGCUGUAGGGCCAGGGGACUGCCUGAAGCCUGUUUACCGCUGUGCAGUGGAAAUAUCACGAAUUUGGACUUUAAUCACUUUAAAUGUCUCCGCUUCAUGUCAGGCUACACAAACUGCCUGUUACAUGGCUAUGGAGUACUCCCGGGACCACCAACUCGCCUCCAUCUCACCAAUAUCGAUACAGACUUCGCAGUGGUACAUUGGGCACCACCAAACGCAUUAGCUGAUACUGUCCAGUUCUAUAACUUGCAUUAUAAGGCAUUGCAACUGGAAGAGGAGUACAAAACUGUGGAGAGGGUUCAAUCACCAUUCAUCUUAGAAGACUUGGAAUCUAAUACCGACUACGAGAUAUUCGUAGAAGCGGUCAAUGAACACGGCCUGGGAGAAGCUUCGCCUAGAUUGAUAUUUAGAACUCAGAGUUUGGCAAUAGAAGAAGAAGAUGAAGUAUCAAAUGCGUACAAUGUGACCGCCUGUUGUGAAAAUGUACAAGUGGCGACAGUUUGUAUGCCGCUCUGUUCCUAUGACGCUAAGAUGUCGGAUCUGAGGACGUUAGCACCGCUGUGUGCGCAGGAGUUCCAUAAGCUGUUGAGAUGUGGGGCUGGAGGCCGUAACCACGAAGCCUGUUGCGCUCGUCGCGGAGUGCCGCCAUCUUGUCGCGGUGUGUGCGCGGGAGCACCGCGUGGUAGUGUUAACUCUUGUGUGUCGUAUGUUGGCAACAUCGUGCAGUGCUUUGAGGAAGGCACCGGUAUACUCCCGGGCCCGCCCCGCGAGCUGCACGCGGUGGUGAGCCACGACAAGCUCUUCCUGGACUGGGCUCCACCGCAGGACGGGGCCAAUGCAACCUCGUACGUAGUGCAUUGGCAGAAGGUCGAUAAUAACUCGCAGCCCUACUAUUAUAACACGCUGCAAUUAGAUAAUAAAAUGAACGUGACCCAAACCAUGGCACGUCUAGAAGGCCUGGACGUGAACAGUACGUACCACGUAUUCGUGGUAGCUGCUAAUGAACAUGGAACUUCUCUACCAUCCAGUAUGCUACUGCUUAAUAUUACUGAAGACAUAGAAAACAAGGAAGUAUCUGGUAUUCCGUCUCCCCCCCACUCACUGUCGGUCUCCUCCCACUCGGCGACCUGGCUCUCACUGACCUGGCAACCACCACAGUUCUCGCAGCCUGAUGAGAAGAUCACUUAUACAUUAUUCUACAAAUCACCCGCCCAACUCGGUACGAGCAACGUGACCAAGAUAUCCACGUCUGUACCAGGACAUACCCUGGAGAAGCUCAGCCCCAACACACAAUAUGUGGUCUGGGUGAAGGCACAUGCGGUAGCUGGGGACUCGCUACCUUCAGAGACUUUAUUGGCCUGGACAGAUCCUGCUUAUCCAGCCUUUGUUGAACCGCCAACAAUAAACCCCGUGAACCUGGUGGUGGAAGGCUCCAGCAUGACAAUCCUCUGCAUCGCGAUGGGAACACCUACACCUACUAUAUCGCUUUAUAUCUCUGGCCGCCUGGUCCGGCAAGAGGUAACCCGUCACAUGGUGACCGUAAUCCACAACGUGACGCGCGACAUGUCGCAAGUGUCGUGCUACGCGGACAACGGGUACGGAACGCCGAUGCAGGCGUCACGCAAGAUCAAUAUAUCGCACGUACCAACAAUCCAAGCCUCUGGUAUAACAAUGGCCGCGGCCGGGGACUCCGUAAUACUCGAGUGUCGUGUGGAAGCGUUGCCCAAACCAACUGUAGCGUUCUGGAGAGACCCCAGCGGCAGGACGCCGGUUAUAGAUGGACCCAAUUAUAGUAUACAGCUGUUAGCUGAUCCUGAGGAACCAACAAAAUACACAAUGCGUUUAACAAUAAAGAAGAUCACAGAAACAGAUGAAGGUGAUUACUUCUGUCACGCGGAGAACGCGUUCGGCAAGACGCUGCGGCCUGUGUCCGUGCGAUUGCGUAGUUCUGCACACCAUAAUGUCACGGAGUGUUGUACUCAGAUGAAUGUAUCAUCAUCGUGCAUAGAUGCCUGCAGCUUCCACCUUGAUAUGGACAAUAUAAUGGACCGACCGGAAUGCAUGGAUGACUUCGAGAAACUUAUGAAGUGUGCUGCUGAUGGCUCAGACCACCGCGGUUGUUGCGCAUCAUGGGGCGUGCCCCGCAACUGCCUCGAGCUGUGUCGCGGCGGGCCGGUGUCCCGCACGUGCGCGCUGCAGCACGCGAGACGGGCGCUCGCCUGCUUCAGGGACGCGGGGGCGAAGCUCCCGGGGCCGCCACGGAACUUGAAGGCACAUGUCGCGCCUACGCCACAUGCUGUUUUGUUGAGUUGGGAUGCUCCAGUAAAGAACCCGCAAACAGUAUACCUAUACAGGGUGUUCUGGCGGGCAUAUGGGGCCAAAGUGCCAGAGAAACUGGACACCAGUGAGACCAGCGUUGUUUUAACUGGCUUACAAGAUGAUGUGCGGUAUGAAUGCGUGGUUAAGGCUGCUAAUGAUGUUGGAACAUCAUCCCUCAGCCAGUCCAUAAUGUUCACAACCGCGGGCCAAGAGCCCGGAGCCUCUGCAGCACCAGGCUCUGGCUCCAACACCGCGUCUGCUGUCGGCGGGGCCGUGGCUUGUAUACUUGUGGCUGCUAUACUGCUCGCUGCUGGACUGUAUUAUAGACAUCGGAAGAAUCUGCGACUCAAAGCUCAAGGAGGAGUUGCAUUUGAAAAUCCCAGUUAUUUGAGAGAACCAAAUCCAGAUACCGUUGUAAACGGUACAGUACCAAACGGUAACACAGCAAAUGGAGGUAACGGGGUAGCAAACAGCAUCUCAAACAGCACAGCCUGGAGACAGGAGACGCUACAGAACCCCAGUACUGCGAUACCGGCCGCCAGGGAAGUGGACCCCACGCUGUAUGAGGAGCUGAAGCUUGGACAGGAUGGGGCUGGGUUUAAAAGACUGAAAUAGCCCUCGGCGCGCCGCUCGCCGCUCCGCUCGCCGCGGCUGUCGGCGCGCGUCGCGCCGGAGCACUGAGCGGCGCCCGCCCGAGCGCGGGCUUAUAUAGCCUCGCCGCAUGACGUCACUGCUACGUCACAGUCGUGUAACUAUUCAGACGUUUUGGUGUGAUAAAACUGUCGCAGCAUUUUGUGAUUGACAAAAUUGAGGGUAGAUGGAAGGAUUCAAUUUUUUCGUUACAAUGAGGUCAAAAUUAUGUAGUAUUGAAUAUUAUAAUGAUGCAGUGUCUGCUGUCUUUUGUAGUUUUAAACUUUUGGAAACUUAGAAUUUAUUGUUAAUUGUCCUCAAAUUUUUAAUGAAAUUUAUUUUGUAAUAAAUAACAGCGCGGUACGAGCGGAGCUUAGUAAAUAGAAAUGCAAUAUAUUUUCCAUAGUUAAUGUGAUUAAAACCAAAAAUAAGAUGUCUAUAUACUUAAAUAUUAUCUUUCUUUUACAUAAGCGAAUAUAGUAAAUACGAAACAUUAAAGCAAUAGUUGCAACUUAUUGCAAAUACAAAAUAACUUAUACUGACCUUCACAAGGGCCGUUUCACACUGUUACCCCAAACAUUCCAACGCGAAUAAGUGUGAAGAGGCCGUUACAAAAAAUGUAGAUAUGUUGUAAAAAUAUAUAUUAGAUCGUUCUUUAAAAAAUGUGCCUUCGAACAAUAUAAUAUUAUAGUAGUAUAAAUGUAAAAUUACGUAUAUAUUAUAUAUUAGUGAUUAUCGGCCUGUUAUCGAUCGAAUAUUGUAAAUACAUUCCGUAGAAUGUAGCAUUAGUACGAAACGGGUGUACUUGAAUAUUGUUUUGUUCUAAAAUGAAUUUAUUUUAAGAUAAUUUUUCUCUAUUUUCAUUGAUAGUUACCCUGUUUCUUUAUACUGAGUUUUCACCCGCUGCGUAUGCGUUAAAUAUAAAAUUGUCAAAACGUUUUAGAAAAAAAAUGUUGUUACAUAAUAAUAUAUUUUCUUCUUAAAAUUUGAUAUGUUAUGAUUUUAAAUGAACUGCUAAAAAUAUUUUGUUUUCAAACUUUCAAACAUACUUUGUAUUUUUUUUUUUGUAUUUUAUAUUUUGCGCAUACGCAGCGUAAUCUUUUUUUGUGUUUUCUCAGACAAAGAUUGUGAUUAUUAGUGUAUAAUAUUAGACAAUUCUUGUACGAUCUAGCAAAAGUUUUAGAUUCAUAAAAACGCGGGAUACAUUCAAAUAUAUAUAUAUAUUAUAUUUCUGUCUCUAAAACUUUUACUGGAACCAUUAUUUAGGUAAGAAAGACCGAUGUGAUUAGAUUUGUAAAUAAUAAUAAAAAAUAUAAAUUAUUA